CUAAUCUCUUAUCUGUUGACGUUCACUGCGAUAGUGUUGACACAAGGAUAGAGUAGGCUAGUAGAGAUGAUAACCUGCGUUAGAAAUAAUGCGUAGUAUAUUUUAUGUCUUCCUAUAUUACUUAUUUUGUAUUGUUUCUGGUGCUAGUUAUCAGACGUGCAAAGUCAAUAUAUUAACAGAAAAAUGCACUCCGAUCAAUACUAUUUGCACACAAAAUACAGCUAGUGAAGAUUUUGGCUCAUGCAAAUGCAUAGAUAAGUAUCAAUUUAAUGAACAUUAUACUUCCGACAAAGAUUAUUGUAGUCUCAUAGAAACAAGUACAAUUGCAGAAGUUGAUAUAACUUCCAAUGAUAUAUCCAUAGAAAAAACUCAAACCUCUGGGUACUCUAGAGAUAUUUUAGUUGCAGUUCUGACUGUGAUUAUUUUAAUAUGUCUUACUUUACCUGCUGCAUUUAUAAUUUACAAAUAUGGCAUAUACGACUGGAUUUGUAGAAAAGUUAAUGGUAACAGAAUGCUACCUCGAUAUGAGGAUGUGAUGAUAGGGCAAGAAGAUACUGACGAUGAUCCCUUGCCAUAAGUGAAUAUUAUAAUUUUAUAUUUUCUUGAUCUCCUUACAAUGAUGUAGAAUAUUG